AUGACAGCCACACGCCACCAUGACCAUGACGCUGGCGCUCCAUUGCUUGAAUUGAACCAGAUACCCCCUGCACACAAACCAUCAACUGAACAUCCUCACAUGUCGUCUAACGCUUUUAGCGGUAACAAAAGGCCUUUGACUCCCCUUUUCCCAACCCAAGACUCGUCUGCGCACCACAGAUUGGCCGCUGACAAUUUGUCGCAUAAAAAGCCUGGAGCUUAUGCCAAGAUCGCUUCGUCAAAGGGGUCGGAUCGAGAGCGCAAAUUACUGCAGUUUGGAGAAAACCAUUGGGGAUUGGAGAUUUCUGCGAUAAUCCUCAGCAUCUGCGCUCUUGUUGCGAUAAUUGUUCUGCUGCCGCUGUUUGAGAACAAGCCCCUAACACAAUGGUCCUUGCCCAUAUCGAUGAACGCCAUAUUGUCCAUCCUUGGGGCUACUUCUCGAGCAUCACUUGCGUUUGCCAUAAGCGCUUGCAUCAGCCAAGGGAAAUGGAACUGGUAUUGCAAGAGGAGCGACGAAAUAAUGACUUUUAACCGAUUCGAGGAAGCUAGUCGGGGACCUUGGGGGAGCAUCCGCCUGCUGUGGUGGACUAAACUUAGAAACUGGACUGCUCUUGGAGCCUUAUCGGCAGUUGUACUGGUCGGGUUCGAACCAUUCCUUCAAGCCAUUAUCACAUUCUCGGGUGAAGAAAUGGACAUGCCAGAAUCUUCAACAGCAGCAGCCAUCGGUAGGACGAAAAGGCUAGAUGUCGGCCUACAUAGCUAUAGCUAUGGCGAUCCCAUGCCAGGAACUCUGGAUGGCUCAUUUUCUCGCGUCACCUUUGAAGGCAAGCGAUCCGAAUACGAUUUUGGUGCCUUGGCAGCCAUCUGGGAAGGCUUUUCUAACCUGAGCUCUGUCGACAAUCUGAAGCCAAACUUCAACUGCGCUACGGGAAACUGUACAUGGGAACCGUACACAUCAUUGGCUGUUUGCGCCGCCUGUUACGACAUAUCAAGCUACGUGGCCCGGUCAAGCGGGGAGGCGGUCCUUAAUGAUAGCCUCAUCACAGUUUUCCACCAGCCUGACGAUGACACUCAUUUUUCCCGCAAUAAAACCAAAAAGUUCCCCUAUACGAGAUAUGAAAUUCCGGACAUGGACCUUAGCAUAUCCAAUUUCCAUGGAAUUGCUCAGUCAUCAAUAUACAGAACCGAUCAGAGGGUGAAAGAUGAGUAUGGUGGUUAUUCCUCCUGGAUGGUCGGAGCAGAGUUGACGGCUCGAGCAACCUGCAGACCAAGUGAUACUCUAUCGUUCAGAGACUCCAAAACCCUAAUUAUCUCUUUUGCAACCAUCCAGGCAAGUGAAGAGUACCGGCAAAGGCACCAACGUUGGGAAGAGAGCAAGGUCACAUCAGAGGAAUGUGCACUGUACUUUUGCACAAACACGUACCAGUCCACCGUGCGACAAAACGUUUUGAACGAAUCAAUACUGAGUUCCCAUUCGAACCGUAACCUCGACUCUUUCACCACGGAGGACCUCGAAGCGAUUGAUGAAUACAAAGCCUACAACGAGCUCACGAACUACACACUCUACUGGAGCUCCCGAGACUCUAAACGUACAGACCUACAACUGAUUUCACCAAAUGAAAACUACUCGGCUACUACUGGGACUGUUGAAGAUAACUCCCAACGGUUCAAUGUGUCUUAUAAUACUAUUGGGUCUGUUUUGAGUUGGUUUCUUGAAGAGUUUUCUCGGUACCCAACACCACGGAGCGACAAAAUGCUUGCAUAUCCAACUUAUGGCGGAGAGACACCUGCACUCAACGCCUUAGCAGCUUCGCAAAACAUGACGAGAACAUUUGAAAAUGUCGCUGUUAGUCUGACCAAGUGGAUGCGUAACCGCUCGCUCCAGACCGAUCCGCUUGCUGGAACAAUGAAACAGUGGGUGAUUCGGAUUAGAGUGAACUGGGCUUUCUUGUCGCUGCCUGUUGGUGCCCUCAUAGGAGGCUGUAUCUUCUGCAUAUGGUCUAUCUUGGAAACUCGUGGGUUAGGGCUCCCAGCGUGGAAAGGAAGCUCACUGGCGACUCUUGCUCAUGGCCUCGAUGAAAGUGGGAGGUCACUGUUGAGAGAAGCCAGCAGUGAAUCUGAGAUGGACGAAAGAGCAAGAGGGAUGGACGUCAAGUUUGAGUACUCUCAAGGUGGACCAGAACUGAUACCUGUUAAUAAAGUAUGA